GGAGCCAGCCUCAGCCGAGAAUCACAGGCACAUGAUCCCCCCAGUGCUCACACUCAGAGAAUCACACACUCCCUUUCAGGUCACUAUCUAAGACCAUCUCCAAAGAUGGGGACCUUGAUCCAGCGCUUCACCGUGGCAUCAGCCAUGAUUCUGGCAGUGCAGUGUCAACCCCAGUUCAUGGAAUACAUUGAGAGAAGACUGUCUUCUUUUGAGGAUAGAAUUGCGGUCUGGUACGACCAAACGCAGAGGUACUCCUCAGAAUACAGAGAGUUCAAAAACCAGAUCCUUGCUCUUGUUGAAAGCCUGGAUAAGGAGAAAGAGGAGCAAAGAAGCAACCUUGAAAUAGCAACUUCCCGGAUUGAACGCCUGGAGCGGGAGUUAGACUAUUUGGAGAACAGAAAUCCAGUGCCCACCUGCUUGGAGAUGGAGGAGAAGCUUAUCGAUCAAACUGCUGAAAGAACUCAGGAAAAGAAGAAGCGCAAACAUAAGGUGGCAGAAUGUGAAGAAAUGGUCUUCAACAUCAAAGCAAUGAAAAUAGUCAAGAGGCUGGAGAGUGCUGUUGGCCUUUGGACCAAGGACCUCAUGUCAGACUCUGAGAAGGUGUACAUCUUUGACGGUGUAAGUAACGACACAGUCUAUGAAUUCACAAGACUGAAGGACUUCACCGAUUUCACUGGCUUGAUUAAAGGAAAGAAAAUCAAACUGCCCCAUUCGUGGGCAGGCACGGGCCACAUAGUGUACAGAGGCUUUUUAUAUUACAUCAGAAGUGAGCCUCAGUUUCAGGUGAUCAAAUUUGAUCUGAAGAACCAGACGGUGUCAGACAGUGGCAUGUUUCCCGCCGAGCGGCAGAUCCCAGUGUACGGCCUCUCGCCAUACAAUUACAUCGACCUGGCGGCGGACGAGAAUGGUUUGUGGGCCAUAUACGCCACCAGAGAGAACGAGAAGAACAUCUGCCUGGCUAGGCUGGAUCACAGAACGCUGGACAUUGAGCAGAUGUGGGAUACUCCGUGUCCCAUUGAGAACGCCGAAAAUGCCUUUGUCAUCUGCGGGAUGCUUUACGUGGUGUACAACAGCAAGUUACGCAGCCGCUCACGCGUCCAGUGUGUCUACGAUGUCACUGAUAUGGUGAACACUGAUCAGGCCCCACUGCUGUACUUCCCCAAGCGAUUCGGAGCAGUCGCCAGCAUCAAGUACAACCCAAAGGAGAAGCAGCUUUACAGCUGGGAUGACGGGAACCAAAUAAUAUACAGGCUGAAUCUGAAACUGAAAUCAGAACUGUAAUACUUUGCUCCUCAAUACAAUUUAUUAACAGGAGGACUGGGCUGUGAGACCCUCCUCAAAGGCAGUAGGAACCUGUAAGGUGGAUAAUAUGACAAUAUUUUCAGAUGUUUUUUGUAGCUAAUUUUCCCUGCCUCUGUUUAAGUACCCUAACCUUACAAUGUUAAAGCCUGCCAUAUCAUUAAAGAAGAAAAUUAUAAUUAACUGCAUUCAUAUCACUGGCAAUGUGUUGCAUUUGUUGCAUCAAGAGCAUUGCACAGAGAUACGAACUGCAGUCGUCAUGCUAUAGCAGCACGGUGGAUGGAGUAGCGUAUGUUGCACAGCAGAGGAAUAGAAGUACAACAAACAUUCACACAAAACCAGGCACUGCAUUUAAUAUAGCGAGCACUGGAGUUUCCUGUGAAUGUGUUCAUGAGUUCAGAUGCCAAAUAAGUACUCCCAAAUGAAGGACCAAUGUUAAUACAGUGGCUUUCAAGACAUUCCAAAACCAUUCCCAACCAAUGAAGUAAUUUUGUAGAAGUUACUGUUGUGAUGUAGGAAAUGCAAAAGCCACUUUAACGCAACAGUAUCUCACGAGUAGCAAUGACCAUACAAUCUGCUUUAUAGCGUGAUUGCAGGUUAAACAUUCUACCCGGCUGAGAGGGUAAAAGAAUAUAUCUGCAAAAGGUAGUUCCUAAUAUUCUACGUCCCACAACAUGGCCUGAAUCUCCAACUGGAUUAUUUGCUUAGGUUUCUGAAGAAUUAGUUCAAUCCAGAGCCCUCAGACCCAGAGACAAGAGAGUUUUACCACAGAGACAUUGCUGGCACCCACGGCUUGGAUAAUUUCAAGCUCAUCAGUAAGAAAUACAGAAAGAUAUUAAGAGAUCUCAAUAUAAUUAAUUACUUUAUCAAAUGAAACCAUUGAAUGUGGCAUUGAACUCAAACUGCCCUGUAUCUCAAGCCUCAUGUUAAUUCAAUUUAGCACUUCUGAUUGUUUAAAUACAAGGUGAUUUCUUGGUUCAGCUGAUGUUCAGAAGCUCUUCAUGCAUUCCACAUGUCAGUGAAUCUUCACUGUAACGUUAUAUUUGACUGGACCUCAAUUCCAGACAUUGUUGGGUACUAUACAGUACCUUUAUCCUAGAUCCUGCCAAUGAUCUGACUUUAUCCCGAUUGCAAUCAUGGGCUAGAACUGUAACAUAGGUCUACACUGCCUCAUCUCCAUCCCAGCCAAUGUCAUGAACUAGAUGUCUGUCCAAAUACUUUAUGUUGUGGACCAAACACUGUCAUGGACUGAAAUCCUUUCCAAAAUGGUCUGAUAAGACACCACCACCCACCCACACCUCCCAAUACUGAUAUUGUCAUUAACUAUUCCUACAACUCUGUCAGCGACUAGAACUUUAAGCCAGAUACUUAUAGUGACUGAUUGUCCAACACAGGCACUGUCAUUAUUAAUAACCUUUGUGACAGAUACUGUCAAGGACUAUACAUCCUCCCAGAUACAACUGUAUCACUGACUAGGCCUAGUCUUUAUCAUGGACUAGGACAUGUAAAGCAAGUGCUCAAUAACAUAUAAUGAAAAUGAACAGCAGAUGCAGGUUUAAACCAAAGAUAGGCACAAAAUGCUGGAGUAACUCAGCAGGUCAGGCAGACAAGAAUCUGAAGAAUGGUCCCAACCCGAAACAUCACCUGUCCAUUUUCCCCAGAGAUGGUGCCUGACCCGCUGAGUUACUCCAAAAUUGUGUGUCUAUCUCAAUAACAGACAUUGUCUUUAAUUAAACGUCCUCCCAUAAAUGUGAUGUUGGGUUGGUAUUUCUCUAAUGCUGGGAAACCUGUUAGUUAUGGUAGGCCACGUGGGUUUCUGUUGUGUCUUUUCAUCUCACGGAUCUGAACAUAAAUUGACAUCCUGGAAUGUUAUUCAUGGAUAGUAAAUUAUUCUGCUGUGGCCAAGUUGGGUAAUCAAUACUCAAAAAUCAACGGACAUAUCGUCACUCUGGCAAGGCACGGAGCUCAAUACCCCAGCAUUGGGCUGACUUCUCAGUACCCUGCCACUGUCCUCACCUUGAGUACCGUUCCGCUGGACACAAGCAUAAAAUUCCUAUCACUCGUCUAGCUUCAUAAGAGCCGGACAGUGAACGUGUCUUUAAUACCUUGACAUUGGAUUCACGGAUGGCAUUGAAAAACUCAAUUCAUACCCUGUUACUGAGCUAAUUCCUUGCUACUCUGCCACUGGGCUCAUCCUUAAUAUCCUGGCAUGGACUUUCUCAUUGAUACUAAAAUGUAAAAUUCAUUUUCCUCCACAACCCAAGUAUUAAUUGAGUGAAUUAUCAGUUGAUGUCACAUUUACGCCAUCACACUGUUGGAAUGUCAACUAAUUUACAAUAUUUAUCUUGAUUAUACUCCCCAUUAACUAUAUUACUUUAUUGUAUAAUCAUUAUGUAGAUUUUGUAGUUAUAGUUGUCUGCACUAAUAAUAAUCAGUAAUUGUGAGUGGCUGAUUUAAGAAAUUAAAAUGCUCUGCAUUCCAUACCAU